GACUUUGACACAGGGGACUUCUUUUCUUUUUUCGCUUCCCUCUCCUGUUCUCCAGACCUCGGAGUCUGUCUGCUGUUCCCUCUACUCCUUUGAGUCAUGGAGAAAACAGCGCUCUCGUUGCGGUUUUGCCCAUCGCAGGUGCUCUUUGCCAAUGUGCAGGUCGGGACGACCUAUAGCACCGAAAUCAAGGUGCAGAAUGUCGGCCGCAGCAACAAGAAGAUCCGCUUCUUAGGGCCCCAGGACCCGCAGUUCAAGUUGAACAUGAACACUGACAAAAUAGCAAUUGCUUCUGGACUUCAUGUGACAGCUACUGUGACAUAUCAGCCUGUUAAAGCGGAAGACAGUUUUGACAAAAUAUAUGUUUUAGUAGGAAAAAAACAAAUAGAAAUUCCACUGAUUGGGUUGAUUCCAUCUUGUAAUUUGGAAAUUGAGUCAAACGUUAAUUUUGGCACACUCAUUGCUAAUAGUAAAGAAAUUUGUAAGUCAAUUAACAUUAUUAACCAUGGGACAAUUCCAGGUUCAUUUGACAUAGAUUAUCAAGGGAAGUUACCUAUCACUAUAAAACCAAAUAGUGGAAUUGUGGAACCUAAAUCAACAAAAAAUAUUAAAAUUUAUAUAUGUAUAGAUGAGCCUGGAACUGUUAAUGAGUUUGCAAAAGUGAGUUUGCAGGGUGGCAAAGAAACAAUUUUAACUAUUGAAGCGUCUGUUGUUGAACAAAUUAUUGAACUGUUAGAUAUAAGUGGAGAAAAAAGCUUGAAAUGUAUACAAUUUGGAACUGUCUUCUUUGGAACAUCAAAGAUUGAACAUGCAAUUCUGUAUAAUAAUAGUCCUGAACAUAUGAGUUGGGUAGCAGUGAUGGAACAUGAAACAGUUGGAGAAGAAUUGGGUACCAAUCUUGAGCAAAGAAUAGAUGGCACUUUACAUGAUUUACUCUACAUAAGUAAAAUAAGAAACAUAGAUGUUACCACUUUUAUUGCCUGUAUUCCCAACGAAGGAAUUUUAUUACCUUAUGAAAAGGCAGUAAUUACAUUUUGCUUUAGUCCAGAACUGUAUGAUAAUGGUAAGAAGUAUGCUGAUUUGUCCCACAGACAAGACUAUGCUCUGUUUUUGAGAUUUGAGGCAAUACAAAGUAAAGAUUCUUUUCUGAAAGUCAAAGAAGAAAAAAUUACUGAAAGUCAGCACAAAGUGGAGUUAGCAAUCACAGGCUCAGGACUACCUGUCUUAUUAAGUUUUGAUCCAGGAAAAGUUCUUAAAUUCGAACCUUGUUUUAUGGGUCAACGUUCAGAGAUUUUGUGCAGUAUACAAAAUCAUUCCAAGAUACUUCCUAUAGAAUUCAGCUUCCACAAGGCAGCUCAUUUUAAAAUUACUCCAGAAAGAGGCAAAAUACCUGAAGAAAGUAAUCAGAAUGUGCUCUUUUCAUUUGUGCCCCAUCAACUAGGCAUAUUUAAAGUAAAGCAACUAAUGGAUAUACUUGGUUUCGUGGCAGAAGAUGAUUUACUAUCAGUGAAAGUGAAACCUUUUUACCAAGUAGAGUUAAAUUUUACUAGUAUCUGCAAACCUACAACUAAGAAAAUUGAGAUGAAAAUCAUUCCAGGUCUAACACCUCUGAUUACUAAUGUCACUGGACAGUAUGUUGUGGAUGAAACAGGAGAGUACAAAAACUUUGCACCAGUAGCAAUGCUGAAAUCAAACUUAACAUCCAUCCAUGAUCAAGGAGUAAGUGAGCACUUGAAGAAAGAUGCACUGAUUGCCUUUCCUAAUGACCGAAGUGCUAGCCUCAGGUCCGGAGAUCCUCGAGAGGAAUUCAGGACCAUUUUCACAAAAGUUCCAAGAUACAAUUAUGUGGAUCCUGAAUAUGCAUAUACUGAAGAGGAACAAAUGCAAAUACAAGAAAAUAAAGACUACUAUUAUAAUUUCACCUUAAAAUUGGCAAAGCAGAGAAUGCAGAAGAAGUCAGAAAGGGCAUUUAAACUUGCAGAUAAUAAGAUAGAUAUUGGCAUGAAACCAGGAGGAAAACUGAAAUCCCCUCGCCUCUCAAUUGCACAAUUAUUUGAAGAGAUGAACCAACCGGUAAAAUUGCCUUUAAAGGAAAAUUCUCUGCUAACUACUCAAAAUUUGACAGCAAAAGAAGCAGAAUCCACUGCUCUCACUGUAGUUUGUCACACCCCAUCCACGCCGCAAGCAAAAGAAGAUUGCAACUUAAUCUUGUCACCAAAGCAACUUCAUCAAGUAGUAAUUGGUCCAUCUGUCCUUGACUUUGGUGAAAUUUGUGUGAAUCACAUAUGUACUAAACAAGUACAUAUUGUCAAUAAUCUGCUUCUUCAUGUUUUGGUGCGGUUAGAAAUUGAUCAUAAAGAACUAAAGAAUACCUAUCCAUUGUCUUUUGUGAUUCCACCUUCAUCAAAUACAAACAUUUUAAUAGCAUUUGAGAAGACUACCCUGGGGACAUUUUGCAAGUCUUUCAGUUUCACAAUUAACAACAUCCCUAGCGGAAAUAUACUUGUGAAAGCAGUAGUGAUGCCUGUGGCUCUUGAGUUAUCAACUAAAGAGCUGGUUGUAAAACCUACUCAAGGCUUCUUGAUAAAAACAGCAUAUAGAGGGACAAUCAGAUUGUAUAAUCGCCGAAACUGUGAAGCUAAAUUUAAAUGGCUACCAUUGAUUCAAAAUAAUGGGAUUGCAUUUUCGAUACGUCCAGCUAAAGGUAUUGUAAAAGGAUACUCAGCAUUGGAUUGUGAAGUCACCUGGCAACCAAGUUACAGUUCUCCAGACAGAGGCCAAUUUGACCUUCAAGUGUAUAAUGGAAACACUGUGAGGCUAGAUUGUACAGUAAAGCUUGGUCCUGCCAAAGUUAUGCUAUUGGCUCAUCAUGUACUUUUUGAGAAUUGCCCUCAAGGUUUAACAACAUCAAAAAAAACAGUUCUUCAAAAUAUUGGUCAUUAUCAUGCUUACUUUAGGAUUUGUGACCAAGAGCUUCUACCUUUCAUUAAGGUCACUCCAUCUCAUGGCAUAAUACCUGUAGGGGGUUUAACUUCACUCAAUAUUGCCUGUACACCAUAUUUUUCAGAGAGAUUUGAUACAAAAGCAAAGGUAAUGAUACGCCAGGGAAAAGAAUUGGAGCUUAGGAUUGGUGGCUCUAUAGAUAUUGCUGAUGUAAUCAUUAAUCUGAGUCUUUUAAAUUUCCAUGGUGUUUAUGUUGGAUCUACAAAGGUUAUUACAUUUUUACUAAAUAACAAAAGUACAACACGUGCCCGAGUGGAAUUUGACUUAUCAAACUAUCAAGAAUUUACAUUGGAUUUUAAAAACCAAGAAGUCUUUAAAGAUCCCAUGUUUCCUCAUUCAUAUGCUGUGGAAUUAGAAGAAAACUCAUCGAUGGAAUGUGGACUAGCAUUUUCUCCCAAAGAAGUGGCAGCAUAUGACUUCAGUCUUCCAAUUAGUGUUAAUUUUACUGAGGCAACAACACUCUCCUACAUUUGUUCUACAUCAUAUUCUUUUGACACUCAACUCUCGGCUUCUUUAAUCCCGUUAACAGCCCCUUUGAUACCACCAUGUAAUGUCAAAGCAAUUGCACUGCAACCACCAUUGCAGUUAUCCAAAACAGAAUUUUACUUUGAAGUUCCUUUAAAUAAUAAACCAUUGGAUUCUAGUGAUGAAAACCAAAAUAAGCAGGUUCUUACCCUGACUAGCAUCUCAAAACACGAGGUAACCUGGAUUUUGGAUAUUGGUCAUUCAGGCAAAAGAGUAAAAGAUGGCACUUUUUCAUUCAGUGAACUUUCUGGUUCCCUUGUACCAGGUGAAACAGCUAGCAUUUUCAUUAACUUCUGUUCAAUGUGUUCUGGGACAUACACUGCUGAAGUUCCUCUUCAUCUGAAGAAUGAUCCUGUCUGCUACCGAAUGUUAACUCUAACAGGAACUGUAAGAUCACCUAAGUUAACUUUUGACCCUCCAUUUGUGUUUUUGACUCCUGUACCCUUGGGUGUAAAAACUGGGCUAGAUAUCAACAUUAUUCCUCAAAACUAUUUCAGGAAAUCAGAAGUGUAUGCCAGAGUUCCAACAAUUAAGCUUUAUGAUGGUGAUAUGAUAGAUGUCCUUUCUGUGGAUUUUCCAAAUGGCAAAGUAAUUGAAAACUCACCAGAUGGAACAAACACAAGACUAAUUUUUCACAUCAGUUUUAAAUCAAUGAAGCCAGUGUCUUUUUCAGCUGAUGUGCUAUUUUUGGAUGAUGAAAAUAACUGGUUUGCAGUGCAGGUUACUGCAGUAGCAGAAAAUUGCCUUCUUACUGUUUAUCCAUAUUUGGCAUAUCACUCUGAUGAUCAAAAAGUUAUAUUGAAGGAAGAGGAAGAAGGACAUUCUCCUUCAAACAAGGGAAUGCUGAAUCCCACUUCUCUUCCAAGAAUACCAUCUCCCAUCCGUAGCCCCAAAACCUGUACUGAUUCUGAAUUACACCCUGAAGAUUCCCUUUUCAGUAUUGAUAUGGUAUGUAAAAAAUUACCACUCAAAGGAGGUGAAAAACCAGAGACAGAAGAAAAGGAAUAUGCAGGUGUGAAACAGGGACAACAUUUUUAUCCUGAUGAAGACAAAAAGGAAUAUGCAUUUUUUGAGAAAGUUGUUACUGCAGUUGAGAUGUGGUUUAGUCUCUUUGGUUGGUCUCACGGACCCAAUCCCAUUUCUAUUCCAGACAGUAUAAGAAGGGAUGUAUCUAAAGGAACAUUAUCCCUAUCACCUGCAACAAACAAACCAAACAAUUCAAAUGGUGACUUUGACAGAUAUAAUAAAACCAUAUAUGACAUGUUAUUCUACUUGAGUGGACAGAUGCUACCUGGAGUUUCAACAACUCAGACAUUACCUAUUGAUGAUACUGAGAGAGUUAUCCACCUCCAUUGGCUACAUUCUACGCUUCUCACCUUCCUCAAAACUCAAGGAGCAUGCCUUCCCUAUAUACUUCCUGAGUUUCUACUUGAACCAGAAGAUUACAAGAAAUGGAUUAAAAUAAAAGCUGUAACUGAAGAUGAAUUUGACAAUACCCCAAAACCUGUGAAAUAUAAUUUGAUCAUUGAGGACUCUAAGUUUGAAACUUUGAGUAAACGUGUUUGGACAGAUGUGUUACUUCAGACAUACAAGGUGCUUAUUCUUUCUCGGAUAGUACCAUUGAGUAGCAGUAGCAUUCCUGUCAUAAACAUUCAGAAUUCUGCAAAGAAUAACCCAGAUUUUUCUUAUAGUAAUAUAUACUCUAAACCUGAAAGGACUGUUCUUAGUUGGAUGAAUACAAAUUAUGAGAAUACUAGACAUAAGAUAUGGAAAACCUGUGAUAAAGGUCUUCCUCCCCUUGAGAAAUGGAUAGUAAAUUUUGAUAAAGAUCUUUUGGAUGGCCUCGUUUUAGCAGCACAGUUGGCUGCUUACUGUCCAUUUUUGAUACCAACACAUUUUGUAGACAUGUAUACCUGUCCACAAGGUCCUGAACAGCACUUUCACAAUUGUUUGAUUGUUGUGAAUGCUCUACGGGAAGUCGAUUUAAAUAUAGAUAUACAGGCCACUGACAUUUGUGAUCCAAAUCCAGUCCUGAUGCUUAUGUUUUGUGUCUAUCUGUAUGAAAACUUGCCACCAUACUUACCUAUGAAGAUUGUUAAAUUUCCCUGUUCUCUGCAUGCCUCUGUUGUCAGACAGAUUCUUCUAAAAAAUCCAAGUCAUGAACAGUUAUUAUAUAAUGCUAAAAUUAUAGGUUGGGAUGCAGUGGAUUUUUCAUUACAGGAAGAAUAUAGACAUCAUAUAAUAACUAUUGCUUCAAGAGAUAAAGUUUAUAUUAAUGUGCUAUUUACUAGUCGCUUUUUACAUCCUGCUGAAGCUAUACUGAUGUUAAUUUCCAAAACUAAAAAUGGCAGCAAAGGUACUACAAUUACUUUUGCUCUAAAGGCUGAAGUUACUAAUUUUAAAGCUAUGGAAAUUAUAACCUGCAAAACACCAUGUUAUGAAUGGAAAAAAAUUUUUGUGAAAGUUAAAAAUCCUUUUCAAACAGAUGGAGAAUUCAGUGUUAAUUUGGUGGAAUCCUCAACUUUUGUGUAUCAGACAGCACGAUUAAAUGCAUUAAAAAAAGCAGAGAAGGAUGAACAUGCUCGCUGUGUAUCUGACUCAAUUUGCACUGAAAAUGACCAAGGAAACCUCUUAAAUACAUCAAUUAGAUGCACCUUUAUGAAAGAGUUCUUCUGUCAGGUGCAGUCUAUCUAUUUAGAAGCUAAAGAGAGUUCAAGUCUAAAUCUUCAUUUUCUUCCAUUUGAUCUCAGUAAGCGAUAUUGUGUUAUCAUAUUCAACAAUCAUAAGAUUGGAGAAUUUGUGUACAUCGUAGAAGGGACAAGCAUUGUUCCUUUGCCUUCCAGAUUCCUCCCAAUAAAUAAUCCAAGUAUUUUGAAUUACAACCACUCUACAGAUGAAGAUUUAGGCAAAGAUGAUCCAAUUCUACAUUUGAAAUGUGAUCUUGAUAAUAUCCUGGAAUUGGAACUUAAGGUGCCACUGGUUAAUGAAGCUAGGUCAAAGGCCCUAGAUUUUUCAGCCCAUCAGCAGAUGUCUUCUCUUGAGUAUGAACGGAGGCAAAUCACAGGAACUCUCCAUAGUAGUAGUGUACGAGCUGCAAUUGCACUCUUAGGACUAACACGACUUGAGACUGAUAUGUUAUUUCAUACUACAAAGUUGAAAUCUAUGAUAUAUACUACAGAAUUAAGUCUUCCAGAACAUUUUGAUAUCCCAGAGAUUAUCUACAUUCCUUCUAUUCCAGAAAGCAGACUUAAGACAGUCAAUAUGGAAGAUAACGAAACACUACAACAAACAGACCAUGCUUUACUUCCUUUAAGAUUUGUUCCUAUCACUCCCGGACGAUAUCCUUGUUUUAUUUUGCUGAAAUCAUCACAAGAUAUUCGAUUGUUUUCCAUUGAGUGUGUAGUGAAUUCUGACAGUCCAGAGGCCAGAUUUCAACUUGAAACCCCAGCAUUUGAACCACUGACUCAGGACAUUCCAAUAAAUAAUCAAACAAAGUCUGAAUGGAAAUGUAUAGUGACCAUAGAAGGAGACUGGUUUUAUGGACCUCCUGUUUUACAUGUGAAAUCAGGAGAAACUGCUUUAUAUCCACUUACAUUCAAACCUAUUCUGGAAUGUGAGGUGACGGGCACACUUAAACUACGGAAUGAAACAGAUGGUAUUGAGCUAGUGUUUGAACUAAAAGGAAUUGGAAAAAAACCUCUGCCCCUGGAUCAUGCUGUGAUAGAUUGUCGAGUGGGAAAAAUGACCAAGAGGCCUAUAAUUGUACCCAAUUAUACAAAAGAUAUGCUGACAUAUAGGGUAACAUCAGAUCUUUCAAUGGUUUGGGGAAAUCCAAGGAUUACUAUAGAACCUGAUAAUAUGAUUUCUUAUGUUCUACAUAUAUGUCCAUGGAAGCGAGGCACAUUUAAAGGUGCAGUUUCAUUUGUGGCUGAAGACACAAAACCAACUGAUCCAGCAGAGCUAAAUAAGGAACAGUCCUUUCAGAAGUGGUUAUUAGAGGCAGCAGAAAGUCUGGAUAACAAAGGAAGUGUUUCACAUGUAAAAGUUUGGUUUUUCCUAGAAAUUAAUAGCUUCCCAGCACCACCUGUAGAUACUGUUGAAGUAACUUGUGCCACUUUGGACACAAUUGGAAUUGAAAUAUCUCUUACUAAUCCUAAAGACAGAGAGCUCCACUUAGAUGUGAUUUUAACAGAUGCUUCCCUCAGUGGACAGUCCACGCUUGUUCUGGAACCAAAUGAAAACAUAACCUAUACUGUCAAAUAUUCCCCAAUGAUUGUAGGAUGUACAGAUCAAAGUGUUGUUUUCCAGCCCCAAAUAGGUAUAGAGUUCUGGUAUUUACUGAAAUUAACUGCUCAAAGGCCAAGACCAACUACAAUGCCAGAAACACGCUGUGAUCUUGGAAAGAAAGUCCCUCAGAUUAUCCCUUUAGUUAAUUCUACAAGUGAAACUCUGGAAUUGACAAUUACAAACAGUAAUCCUACAAAUUUUUUAUUGGAGUCAAACAAAAAAACAACUUUGACUGUAGCUCCUCACUCCACCGUUGAAGUGCCUGUUCAGUUUUAUCCCUCUGCCCUUGGAAGAGGUAAACAGCAAGCUUCAAUCAUCUUCCAUUGUACACAGCUUGAAGAAUGGAUAUUUCAUCUGUCUGGAAUAGGUCUCAUUCCUCUACCCUUGGCACCAGUGACCAUAUGUACGUGUAUUGGUCGGCAUUUGUCUGUAAUUAUACCUUUCAGGAACCCCACUACUGAACAUGUUCUUGUCACUAUCCUUUUGAGAGAUGAAUUCAGCAACCCUAAACUUGUUAUCUCUACUAUGGAUAGCACUGGGGCUAAAAACACUGGUUUUAGUUUUACUCUUAAGCAAACACAAGGAAUACCAUUACUUCCAAAAGGAAAAUUAGAUAUUCCUGUAUUGUUUGUUCCUCAUAUCAUGAAAUUAUAUGAAGCAAUGGUGAUUGUUGAGAUGAUGAGGGCAAAUGGUGAAUAUUGGCCACAUGAUAGCCCAGAUGAAUUGGGCCCAGGUUUGAAAAGCACAAUAAGAACACAAAAUGGAGACAUCUGCAGCAUACGUUGGAAGUACCCCUUACAAGGAAUCCCAGAAGCACCACCUCCUAAAACACACCAACCUAGCAUAAGCUGUAGAGCCAGCAAUCGAGUGGAAGAGACCGUACAAGUGCUUCUAAGUGGCGUAGUUUUUGAAACACCAGAAGAAAGAAAAUUGGAGGUGAUUCCCAAAAAAACACUUUUGGAACAUAAUCAGAAGCAAAACCCAACAAAUUAUAAUUUUCCUGAAAUACAUGAAUUUCAGUAUGAAAUUCAAUUUGAAUCUGAUCUUAUGAAAUCUAACUUGGAAUCUUGUGUUGCACUAUAUUUGAUCAGUAAAGAAAAAAAUGUAGGAAAUGGGGAUAUAGCACUAGUCUUCAACAUUAUCUUUGCACCAAAGAAACCAAUAAGAUCUGUAAUCACUUUGGUGAUACAAUGCAGCACAGAUGGGAUAUGGAAGUUUCCAAUAACUCUGAUUGCCACUGAGCCAGAAGUGGAUGAUGUUAUCAAUAUUGAAGGGAUUGGCUUGUUCAAAGAAACUUCUGUUGCCUUUAGGCUAACAAGUCAGACACGGUACCCAGAGUCAUUCACUGCAUAUUUCCUACCAGGAAGUGAUGAAGAGUUUUUUGUAAAACCUCAGAUGGGAGAACUUCUUCCACUUCACACUGCUGGAACACUUAUCAAUGUUGGAUUCACGCCAAAAAUGUAUAGCAGGAAGCAUCAGGCAACAUUGGUAAUACAGACAGAAAAUAUCUACUGGAUGUAUCAGGUCAAUGGGCUGCCACCAAACACAGUACCACCAACAAACGUACCAGCUAGAAUUGAUUGCAUUAAUAAGAAUCUGAGAACCAUACCAGUUCAUCAGCGCAACUUCCUCCAUGAAAAUGCUAAAUUAAUCACCACAGGGGUAUCUUCAACUAUCAAAGGUGCUCCUUUGGUUUCAAGAAAAAAAUAAACUAUUUUUAAAAAUGUAUCAUUUAUUCUCAAAAGCAAUUACCAUCAUUUUCUUUGAAUUUUCAUUUUUAAUAUCUCUAGGGAAUA